CUUCUUUAGCCCCAGUGGGUACAGCUGCUGUGUGUGAUCUCACAGGGAGGAGCGUUCAGCGAGGGAAACUGACUGGAGCCGGAAUAAGAGGCUGAGAAGUGGCUUUAGGACAGAGAAAUACAUAACUGGAUUGGUGGGAAAGCGGUCGCCUUCUCGUGGGGGGGAUCCUUGGGAGGCUGAAAUAACCGAGCCCCUGCAAAAAAAACCCGAGCCCUUGUCUGGAUCUGCCUACAAACCAGAUGGAAAAAUUUAAAGCACUAGAACAGCUGCUUACGGAACUUGAGGAUUUUCUGAAGAUACUGGAUGAAGAGAGCCUCAGCAGCACAGCUGUAGUGAAAAAAUGCUUCCUUUCCGACCUCCUGCGAGUGUACACAAAGACGAGCGGUGGUGAUGAGGAAUACAUUUACAUGAACAAAGUGACCUCGGUUAAACAAAAGGAUGGACAGGAGAAAGAAGGUGGAGCACUGGAUUGCGGAGAGUCUUUGUCCAAUGGGGAAUCAGGACACCAUUCAUCUCCUCCUCAGAAGAGUCUGCCAGACCUUCCUCCUCCAAAAAUAACUGCAGAAAUGAAACUGCCUUCGAUCCCCAAGAUUGAGUCUCCAGAGGCAUAUUACGAAGAGGCUGAGCCAUAUGACAUCUCUGUGAAUGAAGACGGAGAAGCAGUCAGCAGCUCAUACGAAUCCUAUGAUGAAGAAGAGAGCAGCAAAGGGAAGUCAGCAACCCACCAAUGGCCAUCCACUGAAGCCACCAUUGAGCUGAUGAAAGAUGCCCGCAUCUGUGCUUUCCUCUGGAGGAAGAAAUGGCUGGGACAGUGGGCCAAACAGCUGUGUGUCAUUAAGGACACCAGGUUGCUGUGCUACAAGAGCUCCAAGGACCACACCCCUCAGCUUGAUGUGAAUUUGCUGGGCUGCAGUGUCAUACACAAGGAAAAGCACGUGAGGAAGAAAGAACACAAGCUGAAGAUCAUUCCGAUGACUGCAGAUGUGAUUGUGCUAGGAUUGCAGAGCAAGGACCAGGCAGAGCAGUGGCUCAGAGUGAUCCAAGAGACCAGUGGCCUUCAGUCUGAAGGAGUGGGUGAAGGAAAUCAAUACGUUCCAGAUUCCCACCGUCUUAGUUACCUCAAGGCGGACAUGUCCGAGAGGCAUUCUGUGGUAUCAGAGAGCGGGAGCAGCACGGACGGUCACCCGGAAUCCAUCGAAACAAAAGAUGUGUUAGUCAAGAAGAAGGGUACAACUGGCCUUAAACUGAGCAACCUGAUGAACCUUGGGAGAAAAAAAUCCAGCUCAUUGGAGAGUCCAGAGAGGACACUAGAAACGUCCAGUUACCUGAACAUCCUAGUGAACACCCAGUGGAGAUCCCGUUGGUGUCACAUAAAAAAUGGUCACCUCCAUUUCUACCAGGACAAGAAUAGAAGUAAAUCUGCACAGCAACCUCUGAGUCUGGUGGGCUGUGAAAUUAUUCCAGACCCCACCCCUGACCAUCUCUAUUCUUUCCGUAUUCUGCACAGUGGGGAAGAACUAGCCAAAUUAGAGGCCAAGUCUUCUGAGGAAAUGGGUCAUUGGCUGGGCCUCCUCUUAUCGGAGUCAGGCUCGAAAACAGACCCAGAAGAAUUCACCUAUGAUUAUGUUGAUGCUGACCGGAUUUCCUGCAUCGUGAGUGCUGCAAAGAAUUCAUUCUUCUUAAUGCAAAGGAAGUGCUGUGAGCCCAACACCUAUAUCGAUAACCUGCCGAAGAUAAGGACCCAGGAGGAGGAACUCUACGAUGACGUGGACCUGUCGGAGGGGACCAUGGAAGAAAUACCCCAAAGCGAAAGCAAAGACGAAGAGGACCCAGACAGAGUGUACCUAGACCUCACACCGGUUAAAUCCUUCCUGCACUCUGCUGGCAGGAAACCGGCACAGCUGUCACCUCCACUCUCUCCAUCUGUGGACGAUGUAACAGAAACACCCCUAUUGGCUAAGGAAGCAGAGCCCUGUAGAACGUCAAUGGAAAUCCCAGACCAGACACUUCAGGAGAAGAUGGAGCCGGAAGAGUCACCAUCACAGACAACCACUGUCAAAAUCCAGAUGCAACAGCAGAAAAUCGCCUUCCCCCAGAGCAGCCCUGAGAUCAAAGCCUCCUGCCCAGUCACGGCCAGUCCACAGUUAGCGUCAGCGCCCAGAGAGAAAGUGGAAUGGCCCAAGGUGGCAAAUACAGUGCCUGUAGAAACCAAACUGGGCAAGAACAGGAUGGAGGUUGAGGUGAAGAGGUACACAGAGGAGAAGGAGCGGCUGGAGAAGGAAAAGGAGGAAAUCCGGUCUCAGCUGACCCAGCUUCGGAAGGAAAGACGGGAGCUGAAAGAGACGUUAACUAGCUGCACAGAUAGCAGCCUGGUGGCUAAUGGGGAGCAGAAGCUGAAGGAAAUAGACGAGGAGUGCAAAAAGAAAGAGAGCAAGAGGGUUGACCUGGAACUGAGCCUUGUGGAGGUGAAAGAGAACCUGAAGAAAGCAGAGUCCGGCCCGGUGACACUUGGCACAGCUGUGGACACCACACACCUGGAGAACGCAAGCCCCAAGGUCAAAACAGCCAGCCUGGCAAGUAGCACCGAGAACUCCCCAGUCAACUCGGCAACAGCUUUAAAAAACAGGCCUUUAUCCAUCAUGGUUACAGGGAAAGGGACAGUUCUACAGAAAGCGAAGGAAUGGGAGAAAAAAGGAACCAGUUAGGACAACUCCAUUUUCAAGGAUGGACUAAAAAGACUGGAAUUGCCCAUACAUGGACCAGAGGAUUCAGUCAUCUGUAGGCAAAGGGCCAUGCUAGAGGGGCAAGCUAGCCUUUCCUCUAUCACCACCCUGUGCCAUUUGCUCAGUCAGAAGGAGUGGGACAGUCUGUGAUCAUCACAAACCAUCCUGCCCAUUCCCAUGGCACAGCUGAGAAUAACACAAGUGGCAACCUUUGCAUCAGCCUCCUAACCCGAUUGAUGUAAACAAGACUGUUACUGUACAGAGGGCUGGUUUGCGUAUGUCUACUCUGAAGUUUUAUCAUUGCAUUAUUAAUGUUUGUUUUAGUGAGAACUUCCCUUGGAGCAGAGCCCGAGGGGGAUGUCGUUACAGGCCUGUGCUUUCUAUACUCCAUGAGCCACACAGGCUAGGAGUGACAGUGAAGGUGUCCAUGCAGAAGUAGGGAAAAACCUCUUCUGCUGAGAUGCGAAACCUGCACCAUGGAAUGGGAAGCAGCAUUAGCCAGGCCUAGGAAGUCAGGGUGGAGGUGUGGUAGAAGAAACCGAGGGGGAGCUAAGCGUACCCUUUAUCCACAUACAAGUCAAGUCUUGGAAUAACUGUCAGUGGUAGGAACCAUGUAGCCACCUCAGUGUAUCAGAACCAUUUUCCCAGCCUUUCAUGUGCCAGAAUACAAGGAUGAGCCCUGCUUAAUUG